AUGUCCCUUCACGACAGAAAUUUGAGCGCGCGCACUGCGUCCAAACACGUACAGAGACUCUACUGCCGCGCGUGGCCUCAACCAAGGCGCUUUCUCCACGGAUCCGCCCAUUCGUAUCAGCCGGAACAUUUAUUGUGUCGUGCACGUUUUUGCUCUGGAGGUGGCUGUGGUCUUCCCCUGCUGGAUGGCGAGAUCCGGCGCCGACCUUUUUCUGGAGGGGUUUCCCCAACCAGGUACAUCCCACCAGCGGAGCAUCGCCCUAAGGUGGGAGAGAGGCGGGAUAGCUCUAAGCUCCCGACCGGUCUACCGGUAUUGUGUGUAAGAAAGGGGGAUGAAAGAUCGAACCAUAGCCCGGUUGUUAGUGUUCUGCUCCAGCAUUUGCCUGGAUCGUCUUGGCGGCGGUGGCGGUGGCAGCUGCGCCGCCCUCCCACGCGCAGACUCCGUGCCGCCCCCGCUUGCCGCCCCCGCGCCGCCGCCCCCGGUCGCGUGAGCCGUUCUGCGGGACGGCUGGCGAAUCGGACGCGCAAUUCAGAGCAGCGCAGUGGCUCGAUAUGGGCGACGCUCACGAGGAGAGACCGGACAAAUAUGCAGUAUUAA